GCCGAUUUCCUCGCCAGCUCCUCCGGCUCUCGCGCUUUAGCCUGUCUCUUCCCCAAGAUGGCGCGCGUGUUGAAGGCCGCGGCGGCCGCGGCCAACACCGCAGCAGGGUUUUAUUUCAGACUCCAGACUCCAAUUCGAGCAGGAAGAGCUUUUUCCACUUGGCAGCCCCUGCGUCAGGCAGCCGCUGAUGUGUGGAAACUGGGUCGGCUCAACCAUGUAGCCAUAGCGGUGCCAGACCUGCCAAAGACCAUGGCGUUUUAUCGGGAUGUUAUGGGGGCCAAGGUGAGCGAGGCGGUCCCUCUUCCUGAACACGGAGUCUCCGUUUCUUUUGUCGACCUGGGAAAUACCAAGAUGGAACUGCUCCAUCCGCUGGGAGAUGAGAGUCCGAUCGAAGGUUUCCUGAAGAAGAAUAAGUCUGGAGGAAUACAUCACAUCUGCAUUGAGGUGGAUAAUAUAAAGGCAGCCGUGAUCGAAUUAAAAAAAAAGAAGAUCCGAAGCCUGACCGAGGAUACCAAAAUAGGAGCACAUGGAAAACCAGUAAUUUUUCUCCAUCCCAAAGACUGUGGCGGGGUCCUUGUAGAACUGGAGCAAGUGUGACUUCGAUGUGCAAGAAACAUAAUCGACCUGAAAAACUUUUCUCUUACCAAACACUGUCAAAUGUAUUAUGGUACUGAUUCCACCUCUUUGAAAGUUUCACAGUGAAAAAUUAAAUCACAGAAAGACUAAAAUGUA